AUGCACAUUGUCACCUUAACAAAAACUAAAGAAUCUUGCAUCGUACGAUAUGCUGAGAAAAUAAAAUCUGUGUCUGAAAAGUGGUUCACGCACGUGUUGUUGUUGCUCUUCCUUCUCGGAUACGCAGCUCUAGGGGCUGUAAUUUUUCAAUGGAUUGAAGGAUCAGUAGAGUAUCAGGAAAAGGUAAGCAUUGAAAAUAUGCGGAUAUUAAUUAUCAAUGACCUCUGGGCUUUGUACAAGAAACAUAACAAAGAGGAGGACUGGCGGGAACACGCGAUGUGGCGACUUGCAGAGUACGAACAGCAGGUGUUUCAAUCCUUCAACAGUAGUACAAAAAAAGAUUCCUUGAACAGACAAUGGACAUUCUUAGGAGCAAUGUUCUACUGCGGAACUGUUUUUACUACUAUAGGUUAUGGUAAUAUUUCUCCCAGCACAAACACAGGAAGAGCUGCAACCAUUGUUUAUGCUUUUUUCGGAAUUCCUUUGAUGUUGAUGGUUCUUGCUGAUCUUGGAAAACUCUUCACCAGGACCAUCAAGUUCAUCUACUUCUACAUCAGACAGUUCUACCAUACAGGAAAAUGUCGGAAAAAUCGAAGGGUUGCUCGAAAGGACAAGAACCAUACCGUUCAGUAUAUGACUGUCAAGUUAAAUUCUGACAACGAAACUGACCCAACCAGUUCUGUUGUGGAUUCUGAGAAAACUUCGUCUAGCUUUAUCAGAGUAAUGGAUGGAAAAUAUGACCUUGAACUUGAUAAUAAAGCAAGUGGCGCAACCCCAUCUGAUUCUUUCGAAAGUGAUGACGAGUUUAACUUACCAAUCUCGCUCGGUUUGUUUUUCCUCGUUAUUUAUAUCAUGAUUGGAGCGUUCAUCUUCACCUUAUGGGAGGAUUGGAGCUUUGUUGAAGCUUUCUAUUUUGUUUUCAUUUCCAUGAGCACCAUUGGUUUCGGUGACUACAUUCCUGAACAUCCCAUCUAUAUGAUAGCUACCUUCAUCUACCUGCUCUUUGGUUUGGCCCUCACAUCAAUGUGCAUCAAUGUUGUGCAAGAGAAACUAUCAGCUACUUUCGAAAAAGCUAAGAUCAGAAUCGGAACCACAAUGGGUCUGGACGCGCACAGUCUCCUCCAAGAUCGUCUAGCUCCGAAAGUUGCUAAACUGGAAAUAGCAGAAGUACACGGUAGACGAAGGUGGAAGGAAGAAAUAUCCGAUGAGACAGAAAAUAUAGACAAAAAUACGAGAAAUGAGAUAGAAUAUAAUAUCAAAGAGACGACGUGGUGAUAAAAUGAAUUAUUUCUUUAGAUUAGAUUGUAGUGG